AUGAAGAAGAAGAGGAAGAAGGCGGAGAAGAAGGGGGUGGACCGGAAGAUUGUGAUUGAAUUGAUCAAUUAUGGCCAAUUUGGUCAAUUUGGUCAUUUUGGUCAAUUUGGUCAAUUUGGUCAAUUUGGUCAAUUUGGUCAAUUUGGUCAAUUUGGUCAAUUUGGUCAAUUUGGUCAAUUUGGGCAAUCACCCCAAUGUCAAAUUUCAUUACAUUUCAUUUGUUAUUCCUCUUAUUUGAAUACGAGAGUAUCUCAUUAUUCGUCAUUUUGCUAUACUGAAUGGGUGAUAGUAGCCUUACAGGUCGAUCUCUCUCACUUCGUUAAUGGCCAUACAAGAAAUCAAGACCCGAGGUACAAGAGGCAAAUCCACUUCGUUUAA